AUGUCCGGAAAAAACAUAGGUAACAUGUUUUACAUUCCUCGAAUGUCAAUGCCACCUUCUGAGUCACCGUGGCCAUUCAAGUUGAUUAGGAGACAAUUUCCAAUCAUUGUCUCAUAUGCAAUGACAAUUAAUAAAUCCCAAGGUCAAUCGCUUGAUAAUGUCGGAUUAUAUUUGCCUACACAUGUUUUUAGUCAUGGACAAUUGUAUGUUACAAUUUCGAGGAUUACGACCAAAAGUGGUCUUAAAAUCUUAAUACAUGAUAAGCAGAAUGCACCGUGUUCGACCACUACGAAUGUUGUAUACAAAGAAGUCUUUCAAGCACUUUGUUAG